CGGGUGCCGCCGUCCGCCGGCCGUGCGCCCGCGCCCGCCGGGAAAGGCGCGCGAGGUUCGAAGGCGGCGCUGAGGCGCGCGCGCGCGCCGGCCCCGGUCCGGGAUGGCGCAGGCCUUGAAUCGUUUAAAAAAAGACUACAGAGCAAGAUUCUGCCAUGGAGGAGGAAAUAAGAUUGAUCUACAGCCAGGUCAAAACGUACUGAAACUCAUACAGGAUUGUUUUGAAAGUUGCAGCGAUGAUCUUACAAUAAACUCUCCAAAUAGCUCAACCUUUGUUUUGAAAAAUGAGAAGAGGACUUCAAUCCAGAGAAAAAGGGCCAAGGCAGGGUCAGCCAGCUCUGUGAAAAGAGCCCGUGAGUCUGCAGAACCCUCACCUGCAUCAGCACUAAAACCAGUCAGCAGCAGAGGACUGUCAUGUGACUCACACCUGAAGGCUGCAACACCUGAUUACGUAGCUACUCCUAAAAAGACAGAGUCUCUUGUGUCUGAAAGUGAAGAGAAAAAUACUUUAAAAGAUGUUGAAGCACCAUGCCAGUGUCCAGCUGUGCCUUUGAACCCUGAGGAUAAUCGUGGGGCUGUUGGAUCACCUCUUCCUGUGGAGGAAGCGAAAAGUUCUCCUGCAGUUAAAUUGCAUUUUGAUAAGAGGAGUACACCAGCUGCAGCAAAGAGCCAUGGAGAAGUGGAAAAUUUGGAAGGACCUCUGCCUGGGAGAGAUGAGCACGUUGUUCCUGUGCAAGGAACAGAACGUGUUACUGCAUCAUCUGCCCGGAGAGGGAAGACCUUCUCUUCAGCUGUCAUUGCAGCUGUAGCAACAGGAACAUUUGGACAGAGAUAUUCAACCUCCAUAUCACCACCAUCACCUCGUCCUGUGAAAUACCAAGAAAUAGAAAUAGAAAAUGAAUGUGAAUUUUUAAUUGAUGAAUCAGGUGGUGCAUCUUUUACUUCUUGGCUUUCGAUACCCACUAAGAAGAAAAAAUCAAAACCUGAUGGCUCUCCAGCUCCCAUUUCUAAACCUCAGCCCUCUGAAAAGAAGACACAGAAUAAGACAGUCAAGAACAGAAAAGUUCAGGGUAAAGCACUUACUAAACAGAAACUGGAUCAUCCAGAUAUUGGAGCUUUUGACUUCAAAGAAACGUCAGUGUCAGAUCCAGUCCCUAGUAGUGAAGAAAACGUCCUUAAAACUCAAAGCCGAAAGAGUCCUUGUGCGGGAAAGACUGAAAAGGAUGCACUUAGACAAGACUCUCCAAACCAGAAAAAGAACACAUCCUGGAAACCAGAAGCUGAAAUACCCAUGUGGCCUGGAUUGGAAACAGAAUCAUCUGAUGAAGAGCAGCGUAAAACAAGUGUGCCAAGUGAGGAUUUACCUGUGCCCUCAUCUGGGCAUCAGAAAAAGCAGACUGUGUCACUGAGAAAGUCUCUCAAGUCUUCCAAGAAUCUGCAGAUGACUUCUAAAGCUUCUCAGCAUUUAGUUAAGAAGAAGCAAACUGCUAAGCAGAAACUUCCAAAGGUCAAAGUAGCUAAGAGAGAGACAGUAACUCCAAGGAAAAUAUCUGUCCAGAAAAGUAGUAAUAAAAAGCCUCAGUUACAAAGAGAGGAGAGUUCUAACAGUGGACCUGGUGAAGAAGAGCUUGAAAGAGAGCCUGUGGAACUGAAUGAAGUAUGCACCACAUCUUUGCAUCAGAAAUUAGAGACUCCUGUGAUUCAGAAGUUGACUAAGCCCGAAAAGCCUGGAAAUGCAUUACACACACCAGAGUCACCUGGUGAUGCCAAUAACAGAACUCCUCUAAAAGCACUCCAGCAUCCCGUGGAGAGUGUGAAGAAUCCAGGAAAGAAAUGCUCUGCCAAGUAUUCAGGGAAGAGACCCAAAAAGAUUCCACGUAGAACCAAUAAAGCUCUUCACUCAAGCUCUGAAGGCUCUGAGUCUCAAACAGAUUCUGACAGCUCUUCUGUACAGGACACGGCAAGGAAAAAACAGAAGUUACCAGAUGUGAAAAUAAAAAGUAAAAAAAGAAAACAUAACAGACAGCGUGGACCACAGGAUUCCUUUGUAGCUGAGAGGGUUGUGAGUUGCCAAAGUGGGCUUGUUCUAGAAGAUGGACUUGCUUCCAGCACUAAGUGUCCUGAGCAGGAUGAUAUAUCUUCAGAUAAUUCUGAAGACUUGAAUUACAAAUUAAGACAUCUGUUGUCGGACGAAAUAGCAAAGCAUAAAAUAGUCAUGCCUUCCAACACACCUAAUGUUCGUCGGACAAAAAGGAUACGGCUGAGGCCUCUGGAAUACUGGAGAGGCGAGCGCGUAAACUACACUAUGAAGCCUUCAGGAGGGCUUGUGAUUAGUGGACUCGUGCAUCCAGAAACAGAAUCUCCCAGGAAGAGUAAAAGGAGGAAGGAUUGUCCCAAGCAGAAAAGAGAUAAAACAGAUAGAGGAGAGAUACCUCCAAGUUUGGACCACAGCCUAGCUGAUGCAUCUAAGCCAGUCAUUGUACUGGACCCAGUAACAAAUAAUGAAGUGCAUCUAGAUUGUAUAAACACUGCAGACAGUCAAACGCGCUUCUUCAAAAAUGAAACAGUAGAAAUACAAAAAAAUUUGAAUACGUCUCUUUUUGCAACUGGUAGAUUGAUUCUGAAACCAUAUAAAGAAAAGGGACACCAGUUUGUUGACAAGGAUACAAUAGCUUUCCAUAUUAUCCAUGGCAAAGUUAUUGUGACAUUACAUAAUGCAUCGUAUUGCCUGACUGCAGGGGACUGCUUCUAUGUUCCAGCAGGAAAUGGAUAUAACAUACGAAAUCUUCUAAAUGAAGACUGUGUUCUUCUCUUCACCCAACUCAAAGACAGGUGAAGAACUUUCUGCAAAGAAGUUUGCUGAAACACUUGUCAAAUUUUUAGGAAGAGCAAGAAAUGUGUUGAUGGACACCUCUUCCCCAUAACUUUACCUGCAAAUUGAAGAUCAUCUAAUGCAGAGGCGUUCUAAAGAACACUGAACAUUUUCAUCGGACACCCCAGUUUUAGGGGCAUGUUGUUUCAUUGAUCUUAAAGAUCUUUCUUCAGUGUAAAUGGUAAAUACAUAGUUUGUUAUGAAUUUUCUUUUGUAUCAAUAAAUAUUAAG